CGUGGGGCAGGCAGGAGCGGAGCGCGGAGCCGGGCCUGGGAAGCGGCGGCUGCGGGGGAAGAGCCAGAGCCCGGAGGCAGCAUGGCACUAGAUGACCCUUGAGGUCCCAUCCAGCCAUGACCUGCUGGGAUUCUGUGACACAUCAGCUUUGGAUACUCCACAGGAGGAGAAUGGAGAAUUGGUCGUAGAUCCCGAGGGAGAGCAGCGGCUCCUGACCAGCAGCUGGAUGAUGGCCUCUUUGUCCUCCUUGGCUUCAGGCCCUGGCCUCGAUGGGCUGACCCUGGAGCCAGCCCACCUGCGUCCAGAGCUCCUGGAUGCCUGUGCUGACCUCAUCAACCAGGAGUGGCCUCGGAGUCGAGCCUCACGCCUGCACUCGCUGGGCCAGUCUUCAGACUCCUUUCCCCUGUGCCUGGCCCUGCUGGGGCCACCCCCUGCCCCUGGGGCCUUGCCCACCGUCCUGGGUCAUUCCCGCCUCUCCCGAGUCGUUGCCCACAAUCACAGCCUGUUGGUGGAAACCGUGGUGGUGGCUCGGGCCCUUCGGGGUCAGGGGUUUGGCCGACGCCUCAUGGAGGCCACCGAGGCCUUUGCGAAGGCUCGGGGCUUUCGUCGGCUGCACCUGACCACCCACGACAAGCAGCACUUCUAUGCCCAUCUGGGCUACAGGCUCGGGGAACCAGUUCAGGGCGUUGCCUUCCAUAGCCCUCUGUCUGCUGCCAUCCUCCAGGCCUUCUCCCAGCCUGCCAGCCCUCCAGAGCCUAAAGCCCCUAGCCCCUGCAGGGAGACUUUCAGGACCCCCCGCCCUAGGCCCUAUCUGUCCCCUGCACCACCACCCCCUCCUCCUUUACCUGCCCCCCUUCUCAGCCCUCCAGGUCUCUCCCCCACGGGCUCCCCACCGCAGAGCCUGGAGGAGACGCCAUAUAGGGACAUCCGGGGCCGCCCCAUAUUUUGGAUGACAAAGGAGAUCUGAUGGGGUUGGCCUCAUGGCCUUUCAGCUGAGGAUAGAAAGAAGGAAAGCAUGCAGGGAAGGAUCGCAAAGAAUGGCCAGAAGAGAUCCCUGAGGAGAUCCCUGAAAUCUUUGCAGUGCCUGAAGUCUGCUUCCUUGGGGGUGUUGACAGCCUAGCUGUCAGUGCUGCUCCCCCAGUGAAGGCAGAAGAUGGGGUGAUCACCCAGCCCCAUCCCAUUUUUCUUUUUGGGGGGGAGGAGUUGGGGGGCGACAAUCUCAAAGUGCCAAAAAGACUCCCAGUAGAAGAGCUGGAGAAUAAGAGACCAAGGAGAAGAUAAUGGCUAUACUAGCAGUGUCUAGUGCUUGAAGGUUUAUGAAACACCUCUCUUACAAUGCCCCUGUGAGGGAGGGGCUGCACAUAUGCAUUAUUGUCCCCAUUUUCUAAAGAAGGAAAUGGAGUCCUAGAGUGGCAGCUCAGACCUGUAAAGUGGCAGAGCUGGUGUUUGGUCCCAGGCUUUUCUUCCAAGUCCAGCACCCCGCGAUGCCUCAGACAUUGUGCCAGUUGCCUCGCAGGUCCUAGGCUCAGUGACUGGGUCAGGGCCCGUGUCAGAUCUGAACAGUGGGCAGAGGUCUCUGCACACAGCAGGUGCUUAAUAAGCGUUGGUUAGAUUUGUUGACUUGUUAAGCAGCAUGGCUCUGUGUGAGCGGCACUAAAUAAAGCAGCCCCGUCCUGGGGACCAUACAG